AUGGAAGUUCUUCAACACUUUAGCCAUGUUCAUCCUCUUGUUUUCAAUGAUGAGGGGAGCCAAGAGAGUGUGGAGGAGAUUCAUUGUUGUGCAUGCGGGGAGUCGGUGUCCGGUCCGAGGUUUAGCUGCAUGGAAUGUGGGUUUCAUCUUGACAAGAAUUGUGCAGAGGCACCUGUGAAGAUGAACAACCCGUUUCAUCGCAGCCAUAGCCUUGAUCUUCCAACAAGCACUCCAUGUGGUGCAGGUAAUCCUCUUUGUGGUUUCUGCAAUAACAUAUGUGAGAAGUUUGUUUAUCACUGUUCUUGUGAGUUGAACUUUCAUAUCAAAUGUGCUUUGUUUUCAAAAACCAUUGCUGAAAAUAGGCUUGGGGUGUUUUUGAUGUUUCCCUAA